CUUUGAAAUUGGCAGGGGUCAUUCCACGAGAGAUCGGCAAUCUUAGGAACCUCAAGGAAUUUGGCAUGGAAAGAAACCAAAUCACAGGCUCUAUACCCAGAGAAAUUGGGAAUUUGACCGAGCUUACAUCGAUUGAAUUUGCGCACAACUUCUUAACAGGUGUAAUACCAGAAGAGAUGUCCAACCUUCACAAACUGGAGGCACUUUAUUUAAUAUUCAAUGAGUUAAAUGGCUCAAUACCGGUUGGGAUCUUCAACCUCUCAACGAUGAGCGUGGUUUCAUUGGGAUUCAAUCACCUUACAGGCAAUCUUCCUUCGAAUAUUGGUAACCAAUGGCCAAAUUUAGAAAAGUUUCAUCUUAGCGGAAAUAACAUUGGUGGACUUAUGCCAGCUUCUAUUGUAAAUUGCUCUAAAUUAAAAGCACAUUAGUCAAUUCACUUCAGA